AUGAUAGUCUACGAUCGACAAAAAUCAAAACGCAAUUAUUAUUUCCUACCACCAGAGCUUGUGCCUAGUAGAGUAUAGUAUUGGCAGUAGCUUGUAAUCAGCCACAGUCGCACUACAAUAAUAAAUUUACCAAGGACUUAUACUGGUGUUUCUGUAGAGGUGGACUGUUGCAGUGGCCUUUAGCAGGCUCCAUGUUGACAAGAUAGUCGCUGUUCUAUUGUGGAACAGGUACUACUACAAGCAUGGCUAGCAAAACUAGUCAACCACGGAGCUCCACUCCACAGAAGAAGAGCAAGUCUAAAACAGGAGGACGCACUGGCCACUCCCAAAGUCCUGAAGUUGUACAGCCCUGGCCGCAGCUGCACGACGAGCAUGGAAGCCCACUUCAAAUGCCUGCAACAGCCAGCGUGUACCGUGCAGCUGCUCUCGGACUGCAGGAGCCUGCAUCUGCUCCUCGGCGGGCACACACAGUGCCACGGCGUAUCACUGAGAGCACUCCACUGCGUGAGCGGGACAGGCUGUUGCAUGUCAGAAAGAAGAUGGACUUUACUGAUAUGGUUGAUAAGCCAAUGGAAUCAAAAGUCGAAUCAUUGCCAUCAUCAGCUACUGAAGCUGUGAAUGGGGAGCAUGUUCGUCAGCUGCAAGACAAAGAAUCAAUGCUUGAGGAUAUCAUCAGGAAGCAGCAAGAGAUUGAAGCUUUGGAAAGGCGCCUUUUAUACAUUCAGGCUAUUCGAACGGAUGUCAAGAAGACCAUGGCUGUGCAGCUGCCGGAUUCUCCAGAUUCAACAUCAGAGGAUGAGGCCAGUGAUAGUUUACCACCACACUUAGCUGGUACAAGCAGCAGUAAUAGUGGUAGUACCACUGGUGAUGCCAGUGAUGCUUGUGAAUCCACUGCAGAAGCAAGAGAGAAAGUGUCUCAAGCCCAAGAGGAGCUUACUGCUAUCCAGGAUUACUAUCUUCUUCUUGCUGAACGUCUUCAAGAAGUUAUGAGGUCAACUCAACAGUUAGAAACACGGCGCGAUGACUUGAAAAGGUUGCACGAGUCGCAGACAGGUGCAUUAGCAGCUGCUCAGCUUGAUCUGAUGCGCACGAGUACCAGAGGCAGUGGAACAAAUGGAGCUGCUGCAGUGGCUGGUGCUCGGGAGGCAACGGCGGUGGCGGCACCAUCAUCAUCCUCAUCCUUGCCAUUUCCUACUUCUUCCCAAAGGCCUACCAUGGCUUCGCCAAGAAAACAACCCAAGGGUGAAUCACAUCAUGCUGGUACCAGCCCACGUUUUAUGGCAGCCAGUCAGCAGAGCCCACUAGAUCAUGGUGAUGAUAGCAGAGAUCUCGAAGUUGCUAGAGCCGAUGCUGUAGCUCAUGCCCAGUAUGAAUAUUAUCUGAAAACACGCAGUGAAGCCCGCGACCCAAUAUUGGCUCAGCAUAUUCGGGAAAUGAACAUCCGUCAGAGUAGGAUCAAAUCCUACAGAGAAGAACUCGGUGGGUUGAUGAAGAUGAGGGAUAAGGCUGAAGAAGGUAGUCAGAGACAGCCUACACGGCUUGAAGCCACGGCACCUGGUAGAGGCUUGUCACUGGUGAGUGCAGCAUAUGCUGAUGAGUCAUCUUCAGAUGGUGAAGAGGAAGGUGAGGAUGAGGAGGAAGAAGAGCAUGCAGAAGAUGAAGAGGAUGAGGGUGAUGAUGAUGACGAUGCUGAUACAACAAACGACGACGAUGAUGAUGAGGAGGAGGAGGAGGAAGAAGAGGAGGAGGAAGAUGAAGAUGGAGAAGGCUAUUCCAAUUUUAUGCGUUAUGUGACAGCUGAUGACAUGGCACAGUAUGUUCAACUGCUUGAUCAAAGAGAACGACUGGAAAAGUUGAAGAAGGAGCUUGACAACUAUGAGUUGGAACGUGCUAAUUUUGGUGAUUUACACGUAGCGAAUGGUGCCAGUGCCCGAUUGCAUUCAGAUGUCACACUUCGUCGCUUGAAGGAAGAAAUGGUGCAGCAGCUAGACUUGCAGAAGACAUUGGAGGAUGAGUGCGCACAAGUUAUUCAAAUGAAAGCCAGCAUGAUAUCCAGAGCUGCGGAAGAGUCAGGUGCUACUGCCACUGUAGGCAUUGCUGCUAGUGCUGCUGCUAGUGCUGGUCGGGGAGACCUCUCCUUGCCAGACCAAGAUGACGAAGGAGAACUAUCGGAUACUGGGACGUACACUGUUGAAGUAUCAGGCUGCCGCGCACGUCGUCCUGCAGACUGUGAUGAUGAUCUAUUGUGGGAUAGCGGUUUUGGCAAGCGAGCACAGCGACGCAGUUUUAUUAGCGACAGUGAUGAUGCCAGUAGCGAUAUUGUUGGCAAGAAGAGACGCCGAUCCGUUCCUAGCACAAAGCAAUCUGGACCAGGCAGAGACAGGGCAGCAGCAGCAGCAGCAUCGGUACGGCCCUACGUUCUGGAAGCUGACGAAGAAUUUGCUAAGCCCUCAUCUGGCUUCAGUGGUGUCUGGCCCUCUGUUAUAUUCUCCCGUGGAGAGCCAAGUCAGACAAGUGUGAACAGUAGUUGGGCUGCACCAAGUUUCACUGUUCCAGCAACCAGUGCAGGCAUCACUGGCGCUGGACAUGGCUCUCCGCAGCGUCCACAGCAACACCGCCAGCAGCCUGCUCAGGGACAGGGCUUGGAUGACCUUCAAGCACAGCUGUUAGCCAGUGUGCAGCUUUCCAAUCAACUACUAACUGAGCAAGGUUUACACAUGGCGGCAACAGCAGCGCAGCAACAGUCCUUACCACCUCAUAUGUUGUCUAGCCUGCAAAUGUACUGGGCGUCGUGUCAACAGAUCAUGCUUCAGCAGCAACUAGAAGACAGUCUGCAAGACACCGGUGUCCGUGUGAGCAGCAGCGGGAGCAGUGUUGAUGCCAGCACUACAUCAUCCGGAUUGUAUUCACAGAGCGCACCGUUAAUGAUGCCACCUAUGUACACUGCAACGCAACAGCUUCAGAGAUCUGCAGCUGCAGCACACGCAAUGCCAACCACAGCAAGCUCCUACUUCCCUGCCAGCCCAUCCCGCCCAUCUGCUCCAGUGACUAGCUCUGCAACUCAUUCCCGGAGUAGUGGAGCUGGUCCCUACAUCUUCUCAGGCACGUCAUCCCACCCUUCUCAGUACGUGGAUAUGAGACACACAAUGUCACAUUCUUCUCCAAGUGCUUCUAAAGUUGCUGCACGUUCCCCUCGAGCCAAGAAAGGUGCAUCUGUGCGCAAGAAGACACCAUCAGCUACACUUAGUCCAGGAAAGGAUGUAAGAGAUCGACCUGUCACAGAUCUGCCUAAGAUGGAGGUUGGUUCGCAAUCACGCUGGCUGGAAGCCGCUAUUCAAGACACAACGUUUGCUACUGCCGCUCCUGCUACUGCGUUAACUGGUAGUAUUGGCGUCGGUGAUGGUUUGGAUGACUUGCAAUUAGAUGAUUGGAUGCGCGAUAUUUCUACAUCAGCCACAGCUGCUGCGAGCAGCCAGCCACGACAAGCAACAUCUGGCAGCAAAGCGAGUUCCACGGAGGCAUACGCCUUGUUUGACGCUCUGCGUGACUCCAUCUACUCCGAGGUUGCUACUGUCAUAUCUCUACAUGAACAUAGGCCACACUUUCUGUUGGAGGUGUUUCGCAGUCUUCAACUGAUGACAUCAGACUACUUACGUCAACAGACACUUCAAUUGCUCUCCAACACCCUUUCCGACUACUUGACCAGCACGGAUGUUCAUCAAGCCGAAGCAGCAAUUGCGGCAGCGGAAAAAGUGACCGAGGAGCGUGCUGAGGGGGCAUUGGCAGGUACAGAGCGAGAGGCUAGUCUUGAUGAGCUGCUGGCGCAAGCGGACAAUGUGGAAAGAUUCCUCACACACCACCUGAAGUCAUUGUCGCUGGAUCCCAGCCAGGAUCCAUCCAUGCUGGGUAACUUUGACUACAUGGAAAGUGUGGAGUCUGCAAGCAGCCUCGACACGCCAAGUGAACCUCCGUUUGUGUCAGAUCUACAUGUACAUGAGGCUGGUGUGCGCGAAGACAAGGAUGCAGACAAGGAGAGUGCAACAGCACGGAGUGAAGAUAGCGAUUUUGAUUUGCAUUCCACACCGUCACCAGCAUCACCAUUGAGAAAUGUAUCUGGUGAUGAAAGCAAUACGCAUGCUGGCCAAGUAGUGAAGGAUGAUGACGAUGAUUCAUCCACAAGCCAGUCGACACAAGAUGACAAUGCAUCCAGCAGCCAAACAGCAGAGGAUGGUAGUAGUGAACACAAUGUGCAGAAUACUGCGCUCACCACUGCUCCAAGCGAUCAACAAUCAACUGAUGUUGCGAGUAUGACAUCCGGCAACGGCUGUCAUGAAAGGACUGAUGACAGUUUGCCUGCUGCUGUUAGUGAUGCUGGAGAGGCUGAGGACGGAGAUACAAACUCCAGCAAUCUAGCCAUUGAUGGAGCUGGUAUGGCUGAAACGACAGCGGGUAGUGUUAUCAAUGGUGCUGCUGCUGCUGAUUGUUCUGCCAGUAGUGCUGAAGCUGCUAAUAGAUGUAGCAGUACUGAUGAUGUACCACAGUCCUGUACUGGCGAGGCUGUAAGUACGACAAGUGUGGAUGCCCAGUCCGGUAAUUCUACUCCAAGCCAGCAUGGCGACAAUGCUGGGGACGAUGAACAAGGAAUGAAAUCUGAUGAGCUUUGCAUGACUUCCCCUGCCGCUGACACAACCACCAGUGUUGACCCAAUUGUACCUGGCAAUGGUGAUGGCAAGACAACUUCACAUGAUGGGGCAGAAGAGAGUACUGGGCCCAGGAGUAUUGGACAAGCUUUGUCUGAAUUACCAAGUGGGUGUACAGAACUCAAGCCUCCACCAGGAUUGAAUGAUGGCUCAGAUAGUAAAGAACCUCCUUUACCAUCCGAGGAAUGAACAAAUUAAACUGUUUGCCCUUCUUCAAGUUUUAGCUAUGCUGUACCUCUGCUUUUGAGGAGAUACGCACCCUUUGCUUUCUUAUAUCGCUGCUAUCUGUGUCUUGGACUUGUGCAGGUUUGCUUCAAAGGCCAUUCUCUAUUCUUUCAGGGUUGUGUGUGUGUGUGUGUGUGUGUGUGUGUGUGUGUGUGUGUGUGUGUGUGUGUGUGUGUGUGUGUGUGUGGUUUGAUCAAGUUGUUUGUCUACUUAUACUGGCCAUUAUUUUAGCUGAGAAAGCAUGCAAUCAUGUGAGUCUUUGCGAGUGCUUUUUUCUAUGCCAUGUCGAAGGAGUGGUUGUUUUAUGCUGUUUUAUCCUAGGGUGUAGUACUGUCCUUUGUCUUUAUUGCUUCUAGUUUGUAUGUUUAUUCAUAGAUGCAGAUAUUCCAUCCUCUUAUUGCAUUGAGUUUCAGUUCCUUUUCUUCCGUUCAACAUUUUUAUAUGACGUGUUAUGUAGUAGCAGCUUAGCUGCCUUUCGUUGACUAUCGGGUACUGCCAGGCCACGAUGUUGUAGUCUCGUGUUUUCUUUCAAAUCUAUUUCCUGUAUUGUGAAGCGAAGGUGGAAGGAGAACUUGAAAGGUCCGGGAGGGAUCUGGCCAUGCAACUUCCUCAAACAUUAUUGUUUAUUGUUACUAAACAGAAACGUUCUUUUUCACGUCCUUCGAAUUUUCUCACUUGCCAGCAAUUCAUUUAUGGCCCUUUUUACAUUUUUAUUAUUCCCCCGGAGUACUUUCACUCGUUUUCGUGUGUACUUGCUUCUCACUACUGACCGGUGCGUGAAGAAAAUCCAA